UAGUUGGCGACACAUGGCUGCCCCAAGUGUUUACAACUUCUCGCGGCUGAACUGAGACAAAAUUCUCCCCGGCGGAGGAUAUCGAGCAGUUUAACGGGUCCACGGGUUCAUUCAUCUCUGCGUGCAGCUGGGAAACCACCGAGGAGGAAAACGCUUAACUGCGAGCAGAAAUUACCAGCAAGCCACGCAGGUGGGUGGCUGCUGUGAUGUCCUUCAUCCCCAACAGACUCAACCAUCCACACUGCAGGAAGAAGCGCUGUCCGAGCAGCACCAGCCCCACCCACGUGUGACGGACACCCACUGGACACCUGACCCACACACAGCAGAUCGACAGGCAGAGCCAUGUCUGAUUCAGGCGGAGAAGGUGGAGGUGUGUCUGGGUCGGCUGCAGGGCAGGACUCGGAGGGAGACGGCGAGCCCCCUCAACACGUCCCACCGUUGCUGCCCGAGUCCGACUAUGCUGAGGUGGAGGAGACUCCAGGAGAAGCAGCUCCACCUUCUGCCAAGCGAUCAAGGAUGGGGGAGGAGGAGAUGGGGCUGGAGGAGGUCGUGGAGUCCGAGGAGAAGGAGCUGGGGGAAGUCGAGGAGUCUGUAAGAGUGGAUGAAGAGAUGCGAGCACAGGAAAACCUCAUCCGGCCUGCACAAACAGGAGAACUAUUACAAGGUGAGGAGGAAGUACAGAAAGGGGAGGGGGCCGCAGCCAUCGCUGAAGGUGUAGAAGAAUGCCAUCAGAAUGGAGAUGAGGGUCAUGAGGAGGGAGAAACGGAGAGACCAGAGGAGGAGUGCAGCAGCAGCAGAUCUGCAGACAGCCCCAGUGUCGGGCAACACCUUGCCUUGGAUUUUACCCACGACCCCCAGAUGCUGACCGGCUCCUGGAACGAGUACUCCAACUUCCCAGAGAACUACCUGAGAGGCUGCAAAUGGGCCCCGGACGGCUCCUGUAUCCUGACCAACAGCGCAGACAACGUGCUCCGUGUCUACAACCUCCCACCGGAGAUCUACAGCUACGCCUGGGACCUGCUUCCUGAGAUGAGUCCAGUGCUGAGGAUGGCUGAGGGGGACACCAUCUACGACUACUGCUGGUACCCUAACAUGAACUCCUUGGAGCCGGAGACGUGCUUCUUAGCCAGCAGCAGCCGAGACAACCCCGUGCACAUAUGGGACGCCUUUUACGGGGAGGUGCGAGCCAGCUUCAGACCCUACAACCACCUGGACGAGCUGACGGCCGCCCACUCACUCUGCUUCUCCCCCGACGGCACGCAGCUGUACUGCGGCUUCGACAAGACGGUCAGGGUGUUCUACACGGAGCGGCCCGGGCGAGACUGCGAGGAGCGGCCCACCGUAGUGAAGAAGCAGGGCCAGAGCGGCAUCAUCUCCUGCCUGGGCUUCAGCCCCUGCCAGGCGGUGUACGCCUGCGGCUCGUACUCCCGCUGCGCCGGCCUCUACUCCUGUCAGGACGGCACCCUGCUGGCCCUGCUGCCCACCCGCCACCACGGCGGCCUCACGCACCUGCUCUUCUCCCCCGACGGCAACUACCUGUACACUGGCGGCCGCAAGGAUCCAGAGAUCCUGUGCUGGGACCUCAGAGAGCCGGGGAAGGUUGUGUUUUCCCUGAAGAGGAACGUGACCACGAACCAGCGCAUCUACUUUGACUUGGACCCGUCGGGCCGGUACCUCCUGAGCGGAGACACGGAGGGGGUGGUGUCGGUGUGGGACACUCAGACGGCGCCCCCUGAUGGCCACGAGGAGCUGCUGCAGCCUCAGCUCCGGGUCCAGGCCCACUGGGACUGCACCAACGGCAUCAGCGUCCACCCCUUCAUGCCGCUGCUGGCGACGUCCAGCGGCCAGCGGCAGUUCCCGUGGCCCGCCGACAGCGAGGGCGACUCGGCCUCGGACACGGAGGGCGGCGGGGCCGGCGUGUCGCAGCAGGAGGUCAAGCAGGACAACACCCUGAGUCUGUGGUGGGCCGGACCGCUGGGGCCCCCCGCCGACGAGGACCAGAGCACAGCGGUGCUGGAGGUGUGACGCUCCGAUCCUCUGCCGCUCAUCUGCCCCGGGACGUCUGUCUCAUCUCCUCCUGACAUGUGACACUUGAUGGACGAAAUCACGACUUGAUUGUUGCUUCAACAGUCUGUUUACAUUCCUUAAAUCGGCUGUAAUUUUAUCAUAUUUGCUGACACGUUCUGACCCGGAGAUUUAAACUCUGGAGGCUUCGUGCAGUUUUAGUGGGAAAAGUGUCGUUCAGGGGGGAAGGAAAGCACCCAAAUACGUACAUUUAAAUACUUCACUGCCACAAACUAAAGUCGUGCCUCAUUCGCCAAAAGUUUUUUGUUUUUUCAUAUUUGCAGGUUUAUAACAUAAUAAUGUCUGUGAUGUGAGUGUUUAUAAAGUUACGAUUUCUGAGAUUAUGGUCAGAAUUUCAGUUUUGAUUUGUGUUUUAUUUCCUCAAAUUUGCAGGAGCGUGUGGUCGGACUGUUUUCUGUCAUGAAACAAAGUUAAAUUACAUUUUUUUUAAUUGAAAUUUGCAUUUAAAAAAAAAAACUGGCUUUGAGAAAUCGUGACUUUUUUCCUUAUUAAAAUGUAACCGUUUGCUGUUCCACCACCCUCACCCCCCCAGAGGGAAAAGCUGGAGGCGGCCCUGUGGUGGAGGUGUUGUCUGAAGCCUCCACGGUUUAACCCUCCAGGUCGGGUCAUCUGCUCCAUCUCCAUCGGAGUCUGGACAUCAAUCUUUCACAAUUUUGUUGGAUUUUUUUUUUAUUUGAACAUUUGUUUGUAAGAUCCAGUCAAGGUCAAAUGUUACAAGUCUCUUAAUUUUUUAUCCAUGAAUCUGCAUCUGUGAUGGCUUCAGUGUGUCUGAGGCCGUGGACGGCCGUGACUCGGCUCGCUGUCUGUCCAGUGAUCCCAGUUAAACUGUGGGAGUGUGUGUUUGUGUGUGUUUGGCUGUAAGGCUGCCCUGGAGAUCCCUCGUUGCUAUAGUAACAGUAAGUGCCAUUUGUUCUCCAGCUUUGCUUUUGUACACCGAGGGGGUCUCCUGUUUUCUACCUUGUCUUUUAAACCGGUCCUGCACGCCUACAGAUGUAUAUUUUUGUAAAUCCCUCAUGAUUCUUUGAAUGUACUCUCUCUCUCUCUCCUCCGUUCCGCUCGUCCAGGCUUUAAUUAGCGGGCGUGACCCGGAGAGCAGGUCGUACGUGUUUUCCUCCCACCGCUUGUGCUCAGAUCUUAGUUUCUCGUGCGUGGAGACGCAGCACGAUAGUCGUUAUAACUUUAUAGCUGCUGUUCCACGACGUAGUUCGUACUUACAUGCUGCCAGGAAGCUCUGGGGACCACGUGGGCCUUGAAGACGCGUCACAGCUGGAGGUUUUCUCCAAGCUGCAGUGAAUUAAAAUCAUAUCUCAACAGA